UUCUUAUAGAUGAGGAAUGAAGAGAAGAAAGCAGAAGACAAUGUUUCCAUGGUGAUACAAUUUGUCCUACUGGGCUUUUAUGACCUUCCUAACCUCCAAGGGCUGCUAUUUACAUUGUUCUCCAUAAUUUACAUGAUAAUCUUAAUUGGAAAUAGUCUCCUUAUCAUACUUACCAGACUUGACACACAACUACUACAGAAACCCAUGUAUUUUUUCCUGGCAAAUUUUUCUGCAUUGGAAAUCUGUUUUGUGUCUGUGACUAUGCCUAGGAUGUUGAAAAACCUGUGGACUCAGUAUAGAAUCAUUUCUAAACUGGAAUGUGCCACCCAGAUGUGCUUCUUCCAUACACUGGGAGCCACUGAAUGCUUCUUCCUGGCUACAAUGGCCUAUGACCGCUAUGUGGCCGUUUGCAAGCCUCUACACUACCCUGUAGUCAUGAACCACAAGAGCUGCAUCAGAUUGGCCAUCGCUGCCUGGAUCAGUGGAAUUCCAGUCCAAAUAGGACAGACAUGUCAAGUGUUCUUCCUGCCAUAUUGUGGUUCUAACCGAAUCAAUCAUUUCUUCUGUGACAUUCCCCCACUCAUCAAGCUGGCCUGUGGGGACACUUCACUUAAUGAGAUGUGUGUCUAUUUAGUUGUGGUCUUUUUUGUUUUUGCUCCUUUCUUCCUGAUCCUUGGGUCUUAUGUCAAAAUCAUUUUCACCAUCCUUAAGAUGCCUUCAGCCACAGGUCGGUUCAAAGCCUUUUCCACCUGCUCAUCACAUCUCAUAGUAGUGCUCUUAUUCUUUGGGUCAAUUUCUAUUAAUUACUUAAGACCUAAAUCUAGCCAUUCUCCAUUAAGUGAUAAAAUGUUCUCUCUUUUAUAUACUAUAAUGACUCCAUUGUUUAAUCCCUUGAUCUACAGCCUCAGGAACAAGGAUGUGAUUACAGCACUAAAAAAGCUGUUUCUCAGAAAAGUGUGA